GACGUACGGAUGUUUUGAAUUGUGCGUAAAGAGGUUGCACGAUUUGCACCAUAAACACAUCUCUGAGCUAGCAUCCCCUACAACAUUUGGGGAGAUCUACGUGCUUCAUGUCGCCAUAAUUAGACCUAAAUUAGGAGAAAGCAAUGGACCUCCACAAAAUUAUCCAUGAUGCAUUGCACGAGUUUAUCCAGACUUACAUUCCAGAUGCAGAUCUCAGCACACUGGAUGAUGUCCUGCUGUCAUAUAUCACUGGGGUCUUGGAGGACCUGGGCUCACAGGAGAGUGUGGAGGAGAACUUUGAUGUGGAGGUUUUUGCUGAAAUGCUGGAGGCCUACAUCCCUGGGUUUGCUGAAAUUGACAGUGUCAAAGUGUGUGAAAUGAUGUUCAGCCUGGCUUCGAAACUGGCCACAGCUCGCGAUUCAGCUGACAAUGAAAACAGUGUGCCUAAGGCGAGGACAGAUGAGAUUUCACUGAAACUCACCACCAUGCCAAGUGCAUCGCCAACAGGGAGUGAAGCGCAGUGCCUUACAAACCAGACAGAGGGCGCCACAGCCAAGAUGCCAGUGUCUGAAUGGGAGGCGCAGGAACAACACCUUCUUGAGAUGUUCCCCAAGUGCACUGUGUCGGAGGCACGUAACGCUCUGUCCAUCGCCAAGGGAGACAUGGAGGAAGCUGUGCGCCUCAUCAUUGAGGGGGAUGUUCAACUCAGCCCUACUCCUCUAAAUGUCAACCAAGGAAAGACUGUAACAUCAGUGGCUGACCAAAAGCUGAAAGAGAGCAUUUUGGAAAAAUACAUGCUUGUGGACAGUGAGGAAGACAACAAAACGCAUCGACCUGUUGCCCCCAAAGACGCGCCGAAGAAGCUAGUGCGUUACCAUGACAACCAGGUGGUCACAACAAAAGGUGAACGUUACCAGCUGGUGAAGAAGAACGAGACAGAGGAGAUGAAGAAGACAUACGUUAACCUCAAACCUGCCAGAAAGUACAGGUUCCAUUGAUGACUGGAUCAUGAAUCUAUGAGCAGCUACUGACCAUAUCGUUUACAUAUAUUAUUUAUUAUUGAACUCACUUAAACUAUUCUGUGCAUGUGGCUUAUUUGGAACAAAGUGGUCACAAUUACAUGCAUUUAUUUUUAUUACUGGUUAAAGGUGCACUGUGUAACUUUUCUGGUGGAGUUGGGGUUAUUGCUAUGCCUUCAGUGUUCCAGAGUAUAGCAUAAAACGCAUAUAUAGGUUUCAGAUUCCUUUAUAGGCAACACUUUUGAGUACUACUUUUCACUUAAGAUAGGAUAUUUUGUUUUGAAUUGUUAAUUGCUAUGGCAAUGGUCAUAAUUUUUCAUUCUUCUUUCAUUCUGAAACCUCUGCUAAAAAUGCCUUGAAAAACAUGCAUUCUUACUGUAAACAGGCUCGCCUCUCCACAGAUCUGACUUGUUUAUUGGCCUGAUGGCUCCAUUUGCUUGUCCUAAUGGAGAUGGAUAAGUGUAAUGUCAUACGGUGGAACAUUCUAGGCAAAGCAGUCACAUCUCCAUGGAGUAAGCCAAGUGGAGAACCCUUCAACAGAUAAGUUCCACAGUGCCUCUUUAAAUUGUUGCUUUAAUUUGCAGUUGAAACUUUACAUAACAAUUUAGUGAGCAUCUUGUGUUUUAUGCAUAAUUGCCUAACCAGACGUCCGAGAUAUUCACAUUUAUUUCUCAAUAUUUUUUUGUAAUUAAUAGGAAAUGGGUGGUAUUUUUGCAAUCCCAUCAGAGACGUGUCUGUAAAUAUUUUGGUUGAGGUCCAAGUAUCACACAAGUGUAACUGGAUUAUAAAAUGAAUCACACAAGUGCAGAAAUAUAACUUUAGAUUACACUGCACAUUUCUUUUAUUUUUAUAUGAUCAUUGUGAAGCUUUUUGUUCCUAACAGAUACUGUAUUUGAGUAGGUCUGAUGUUGCACUGACAAUUUUGUAUAUUUGCUUCUCAUUUCACCAAAAAACCUUGAACAUAGAGACUGUAAAUAGCUAUGGUGCUUGCUAGAUUUUAAUCAUGAUUAGUGGCAGCCUCUAGCUAGAGCAGGAAAACCCACUCCCAAAGUUGUAAGAAAUGUUGAUCUUGUGUGAUAUUUAUGGGGCAGAGUUUUGGGCAAUUUAAAUUUUUUAAAUUUAUUUAGAUUUUUUGUGUGUGUAAACGUGCCAUGCAUAAAGGAUUUCCUAUAUUCUGAUUCAGUCCACUCUGUCCAUAGAUUGUGCCAGAUGUAACUUGAAUCUAACACAUUUUUUUAUUUUGGUUUUAGUUCUUGCGGGCCAAUUUCUGACAGUGCUUUCAAACUCAAGUUAAUUGUAUUUUUCUAGUUUUUUUAAGUUGUUUUUUUUAACCAUAACUUGUUUGAUGUUUAGACAGGCAAGAUAAAGCUUAUGAGGAGGUAUGUCACAAAUGUUUAACACAUCCAGAGAACAGCUAUUUGGAAAAUUAUGGGGAUUUGCUAACUGAACAAUGAUUGUCAGUAUUUAGAAAUUCAAGGACAAAGUUUUUAAGUUGGAGUUGAUCUACACUCUGUUCAGUGCUCUGUAGAUUAGACAAAAAUUGUACUGAUGUGUAAUAUGACAGCUAUUACCUUUAUUUUUUUUUUAAAUGUUUUUGUAUAUUGUGUGUGUGCUAUUAAUGUGCGUACAUAGUUUAGGCUUUUUUCAUCUAAUUCUUUAAGUAUGGCUGUGUAAUUUAUUUGGCCGUUUCCUUUGCCAAAAUAUAUAUUUUGUAUUUUCAGUAACAUUUAGUCAUAUGCAGUUGUUAUGUAAUGCAAUCAAGAUGUUCAUACUUAUCAACAGCAAUGUCCUAAGUGUUCAACUGUAGAAACUGGAAGUUUUAGUCAAAAUAAUUUGGGCUCUUAGCAGACGCACAAUUUAUAGUAAAUAAAUACAACUUUUUGUAAAGU